ACGCGGUGCUCUCAGUUUUUGCAUGGAGAGCGACGGAGAGGCGACCAAUCCCCGCCCCGACGCCUCCCCCACCGGCCAAUGAAAUUCGAGCGGGGGCGGAGCAAACAGCUAAAUUGUCACGCUUGGUUUCACGCUGGCAUUGCCAUCGAGCCGCGUCUGGCUGCCGUGCGCUGGUGCAGGUGCUCUAUUUCAUCGAGAGAGGAUGCGAAAGGAAAGAAGGGGAGGGAAGGAAUGAAGGGAACCGUCGGAGAAAAGUAUGCAGGGCAUGAAUAAUAGGGUAUCAGCAGUUGACAGUGUGUCUAACGUCCAGGGGCUCGGCUAAGAAUGAUUUAUUGAAAGGGGCACUUUGAGAUGUGACGAGGUUUCUCUCUGGUUGGCAAUAGUACUAUGAUUUGGUAUGUGGCCACUUUGAUAGCAAGUGUAUUCAGCACCAGAGGAACAGCUGCUCAAGGUGCCCACGGAGUCAGAGAGGAGCCUCAGUUUGUGACGGCCCGCGCAGGGGAGACCGUGAUUCUGGGAUGUGACGUGGCCCACCCACUCAACGGCCAGCCCUACGUGGUGGAGUGGUUCAAGUUUGGAGUGCCCAUCCCCUUCUUCAUCAACUUCCGCUUCUACCCUCCUCAUGUGGACCCCGAGUACUCCGGCCGAGCCAGCUUGCAUGGCAAGUCAUCUCUGCGCAUUGAGAGGGUUCGCUCGGAAGACCAGGGCUGGUACGAGUGCAAGGUCCUGAUGCUGGAACAACAGUACCACACCUUCCACAACGGCAGCUGGGUGCACCUCACAGUCAACGCUCCCCCAACUUUCACGGACACACCACCGCAGUAUGUGGAGGCCAAAGAGGGGGGCAGCAUCACCCUGAGCUGCACGGCCUUCGGGAAUCCCAAACCUUCAGUCAGCUGGCUCAGGGAGGGAGACCCCGUACAGGACAGCAGCAAGUAUAAGGUGAGCGAUGGCAGCCUGACGAUUGUUUCCAUCAGCCGUGAGGACAGAGGAGCGUACACAUGCCGAGCGUACAGCGAGCAGGGAGAGGCCGUCCAUACCACACGCCUACUCGUCCAAGGACCCCCAUUUAUUGUCUCACCGCCAGAGAACAUAACCGUUAACAUAUCCCAGGAUGCAUUCUUCACUUGUCAGGCUGAGGCGUAUCCUGGCAACCUAACGUACACCUGGUUCUGGGAGGAAGAUAACGUCUUCUUCAAGAAUGAUCUCAAGCGCAGAGUGAGUAUUCUGAUCGACGGUUCACUCAUCAUCUCCCAGGUGAAACCUGAGGAUGCUGGGAAAUACACCUGCAGCCCGAGUAACAGCCUUGGGCGCCCACCUUCUGCAUCAGCGUACCUGACAGUGCAUUACCCUGCCCGUGUGGUGAACAUGCCGCCCGUUAUUUACGUGGCCAUCGGACUGCCUGGGUACAUCCGCUGCCCGGUGGAUGCCAACCCGCCUGUCACUUCAGUGAAGUGGAAAAAAGACGGCCUGCCUCUGCGGAUAGAGAAGUACCCUGGCUGGAGCCAAAUGGAAGAUGGGAGCAUUCGAGUGUCUGAGGUGACAGAGGACUCUCUCGGCACCUACACCUGCGUGCCUUACAAUAGCCUCGGUACAAUGGGACAGUCCCCUCCCGCCCCUCUGGUGCUAAAGGACCCACCCAAAUUUCUGGUGGUUCCUGGAGGGGAGUACAGGCAGGAGGCUGGUCGAGAGCUGGUCAUCCCCUGUGAGGCAGAAGGAGACCCAUUCCCCAACAUUACAUGGAGAAAGGUAGGGAAGCCCAGCAGAAGCAAGCACAACGUCCUACCCAGAGGCAGCUUACAGUUCAAAUCUCUCAGCAAGGAGGACCAUGGGGAGUGGGAGUGUGUCGCCUCCAAUGUCGCCACGAGCAUCACUGCCAGCACGCACCUCCUAGUGAUCGGCACAAGCCCACACGCCCCUGCCAAAGUCCACGUUUCAGUCUCGACGACCUCGGCCAACGUCUCGUGGGAACCCGGUUACAAUGGUGGCUUUGAGCAGACAUUCUCAGUCUGGGUGAAGAGGGAGCAGUUAGGACCGCAUGACUGGCUGUCCAUGCCUGUGCCCAGCGGGCAGCAUUGGCUCCUGGUGCAGGGCCUGGAGCCCGAGACGGCCUACCAAUUCAGCGUCCUGGCCCAGAACAAGCUGGGGACAGGCCCGUUCAGCGAGGUCGUCACUGUGAACACACUAGUAUUUCCUAUAAGUACCCCAGAACCACUGGUGCUGCUUACCCCACCACGGUGCCUCACAGCCAACCGGACACAGCAGGGAGUCCUACUCACAUGGAUCUCUCCAGCCAAUCACACCUCGCCAAUUGAUCACUACAUCAUGGAGUUCCGCCUCGGGGAGAGGUGGGAUGUUCUUGAUGAUGCAAUCCCUGCUGGAGAGACAGAGCUGUUGGCUAGAGACCUGGUCCAGGAAGCCUGGUAUGAGUUCAGAGUGAUGGCGGUUAUGGAGGACCUUGUCAGUGAGCCCAGUAAUGUAGUGGGAGUCUCUAGUACAGACUACUUCCCGCCGCCUGAGGUGCCAGACGAGGGGCUGGCGCGGCCGGUGGUGGCAGGCAUUGUGGCCACCAUCUGUUUCCUGGCAGCAGCCAUCCUCUUCAGCACGCUAGCGGCCUGCUUCGUCAACAAACAGAGACGGCGUAAGCUCAAGCGGAGACGAGAUCCCCCCCUGUCUAUAACACACUGCAGAAAGAGCGUGGAGACUCCGAGUCCUCUUACACCUCUACCUGGCAUAGAACCCUACUGGGAAGGCCAGGAAAGGAGCAGCUACAGGCCUCCGCCGUCCAGUCCUCUAUCAUCUUCUGGAAAGGUUAGUCCAGAAAGUGUCCGCUCCAUAGGACCUCCUUCAGAGUCCUCCGAGGAUGGUUUACGAGCUAAGAAGUUUCCUCAAAGUCCUGCCAAGGAAAAGGAGCUGUCUUUAUACAAGAAGACCAAGAGAGCAAUAACCAGCAAGAAAUAUAAUGUCUCUAAGCAUGAGGCAGAGGCUACCACGCCAAUUGAAUUGAUCAGUCGUGGCCCAGAUGGGCGCUUUGUCAUGGAAACUAUGGAUGCGGAAACUCCAGUUAAGGCACGGCGCAUCGAGGGCUUCCCCUUUGUGGAGGAGUCUGACCUGUACCCUGAAUUUCGUCAGUCAGAUGAGGAGAAUGAUGAUCCGGGGCCCAUGCCACCUAUGAUGGCUACCCUCAGACCCCAUCAGAUCUCGCCCAUUUCUUCUAGCCAAGAGUCUUACUUGCAGCCCCCAGCCUACAGUCCUCGCUUCCAGAGGCCCUUGGAAGGCAUGACUAUCAUGGAAACCAGUCGACUCCAGGCUACAGGACAGAUUCGUGGUGCUCCUCACUUCCGAGCCUUUUCCCAUGGCCAGUUCUACAGCUACUUGGGAAGUCCAGGGGAACCUGAGCCUCCACCCCCCUUCUACAUGCCAGACACCAGUCCUCUCAGCUCAGUAAUGUCUUCUCCUCCUUACCACCUGGAGGGCCCUUUCGGUCAUCCUACCAUCCCAGAGGAAAUCGGUGAGGGAGAAAUUCAGCAUUAUGCAGUCUCUGGCUACACCCUUCCCUUGGCGCACCCCUCCACCUCGCGCUCUCCAGACAUCUGGCAGCGACCCGAUUUUACCUUUGCCACAAUCGAGGGUCCUCACUUUAUUUUUCCACCACCACACCCUUUACAUCUCCAUCCGGAACCUCCCCUUCCUCCUCCUCUUGUUCUUCCUCCUAGUGCCCUCCAGCCCUCCGCCCUUCAAGUAUCUCCGUACCCUGGUAUCCUGCAGCUGGAGGCCCCAAAGAGCCGCCCAGGCAAGUCUCCCAGCAAGGUCAAGCCUCAGGGCCUUCCAGCCAAGCGUUUACCUAUGCAAGAGGCACAGAGUCUAGGGCAGCUAAGACACACAAGCCACGGUAUGGGUGUACCGGUAUUGCCUUACCCUGACCCAGUGUCUCACAUGGUUGGCCCAAGCUCGUUCGGAAGCCUGGAUACGCGAUGGUAUGAGCUUACACCCAGGCUUAGCCCAAGGCAGCCCCGCAGGAUGGAACCCAGCAUGGUAGUUCUCCAGCCAUCCCGCCUCUCACCUCUAACUCAGAGCCCUAUUAGCUCUCACGAAGGCUCACCAGAGAUUGUAGUGCGCCCCAGGCCCCGUCCUAGUGUCAUCCAACCCCCGAUUCCUCCUGAGAUGUCUGAGAUCACCCUUCAACCUCCUUCUUCAGCUAGUUUCUCUAGAAGGUCCUCCCCCUCCUCCUCUCCUGCUCAAGGCCAAGGCAGCAGAAGAGCAAGUCCUAGCUACCGGUCCCACAUGGCAUUUGCCACCUCAGCAGCAAGCUAUCCGUCACAGUCCCCUUCACCUCCUGUAGAAAGCAGCAACAUUUUUGGGCAGAUGCCAACCCAGAGGAGGACUGAGGAGGAGAUCCUUCCAUCAGAACCAUCUCCACCCCAGUUAUCAGCUUCAGGAAAACAUCGAGGUGCACCAAGUGGCUCUGCAGGGUCUGAGAGGAUAGAAGCACUAAGAUAUCAACGAGUGAAAAAAGCCAAGAAAGUCGGUGUCAACAAUAACAACUCCAAGACCAGACGAAAGAUGGGUGUGCCCCCCUCUCAGACCCAGCAGCCCCACACCUCUCAGGUCCUCCAGCCAGAAGAAGCUCUCUACCUCCGCAAGAAGAAGAAAAAGUUGACUCGCCAGGACCCGUACGCCCGCUUCUCCGCUCUGCUGUACCGCCGCCCACCCCGAGAAGACCAGAAAGCCAUUUUGGCUAGUAUGGACACAGCAGAUCCAGACCACGCCACUCUCCUCUGAAGUCCCAGAGAUUACAGGCCACACUCUCUACAAACUCUGAGCUCCUUCCACCUUUGCUCAGCCAGCCAACGUCUUCACGUCCACACCCGCCUCCAAUGGUUUACUCCUCUUCUCUUUUCUGUUACGCUCAAUGUAUCACAAGAAAAUACUUGUGUUCCAAGGUUUUGCUCUAGUCCAUUUACCUCAAAUUCAGAAGGAUCAGUCAUCUUGAGCAGAUUAAAAAGAAUAUCUUAUAUGCCUCAACUUAUCUUUGGGAUUUAGUGACUCUUAUCAGAUGGUGCGUCAGAUAAGAGCACAGCUGUCAAGCUUCUGUGUCAUUCUGCCAACAGUUUCGACCAUAUCUAGCAGAUCACAGGGUUUUCACAGGUAUACCUCAAACACACCACGGUCUCAGUGCUGCUAUACUGACAAACACAGUAGACGUUAACAAUGCAAACAUUUGUUUGUAUUUUCAAAUAUGACAUUCUACAGGGCAAAUUUUGGACAUAUUAGCAAACAAUCCAUGAAAAGUCCUAUGUACACUACCAUUCAAAAGUUUGAGGUCAGUAUGAUUUGUAAGUGUUUUUUUUUAUGCAAUUUAUUCCUGUAAUGCAAAGCUGAAUUUUCAUCAACCAUUACGGCAGACUUCAGUGAUCUUUCAGAAAUCAUUUUAGUAUGUUGAUUUGGUGCUUAAACAUUUCUUAUUGUACUGUUCAACAGUUUUUUUUUUUUUGUUCAACAUUUUUUGAUGUUGAAAAGAACAUCAUAUAUUUAAAUUAGAAGUCACUUUUGAUCAUUUUAAAUGUAUCAUGCUAAAUAAAAGUAUUGAUUACCUUUAAAAAAUCUCACUGACCCCACAUUUUUUAAAUGGUAGCAUAUACAUUUGUUAACAUA